AUGCCGUCACCAGCGUUCGAUACCGAGGCCGAUGCUCAUGAGAGCUUCACAGUUAUCAUGAAGAAAGGCCCUUAUGGUGCUAUGAAGCGGUCUGCAGGAGGCUUCGACGACCACGAGCAUACAGCGGAGCGCCAAAAGGUAGCCUUUGAUGGUCUCUUUGACCCGACACCCACCAUACCUACUCCGUCUUUCUCUAUGCCACCACUCCCCGAUGGCAUGAUGCCCGCCAGCCCUUCGCUAGUGGGUAUUCCAUUGGAACUCCGGCAAAAUAUCCUAAGGCAGCUCUUCCACACGAACGGCCCCAUCCGCGGCCAGCACCGUCCUCUACACCAAACCCGAAUCCAGCGUAUGGCUAGGGUGAAUAAACAGCUUCGCGAGGAGGCUGAGCAGAUCUAUUACGGAGAAAAUACAUUCUACAUCGAUCAGUAUGAUAAGCCUGUCCAGCGCAGCCGCAUCUCGUUCAUGCGUCGUCCCCCACCGCCGCGGUCAGCCGGUUUCGAUUACAAUAGCAUGUCAGCUCACGCCUUGGAUGUCUUGCUAAUGGAACGCGACCUCCCAACCAGAGGGCCACGAGGAGGGAAGCCUACGAAAGCCAAGAAGAUUCAGCUCCUUAGGGAAUGGGACAACGGCGAGCGACAGCCCUUGGAACCUAUACCGGUCGUGCCCGACAGAGAGCGCUUAGACCGAGCCAUAUUCCCUGCGGAUGGCGAUAAUACAUACAUUGUUCCCUUUCGUAACCACCUAAACCCUGACGUCGACCUAGACAAGGCGGUUCCGGUCAUUAACUUGCCAAAACCAGCCGUCCGCCCUCUCAUCCAUUCCGUCGCCUUUAACCUCGAUCCUCGCCAUUCGGAGUACGACGAUAGCUUUGGUAAGCAACUCCGGGAGUUCUACUCUCUGCGCGAGAAGGGCUUCACGGGGCUGAGGACGCUACAGGUGGUGCUGGUGAAGGAUAGCUUUGGACUAAACAGCAAGACCACUGUAGACUUCGACGUCGAUAAGGACAAGCUGGGCGAUGAGCUGAACUCGAUUCCUGAUGGACUUCGCUCAUUCGUCAUUUCCGUCAAGGGGCUGUCGCUACGUCGGUGCAAAGAGAUCUUGGAAGCCUACCUCCUCGUAAAUGGUUCGCAACGACGCCUGAAGGAUUCGACAUUUCCGAAUAAAUUCUUGCUUCGUCUGCUGGAGGAAGCGAGGGAUAAAGUUGCUCAGCUUGACCGCACGCGAGCUGAGUAG